AUGGUAAACCGCCGCGCCAGUGACGCCGCCCCACAGCCUUCGGCUCCCAUCGCCCCCGUCGUGAAGCGGAAACGGCGAGCGUCUUGCUUGGGCGAAGCGGAACGCCGUGAGCGGAAGAGAGCUAUUGAUCGCGAAGCUCAGCGUUCCUUGAGAGAAAAGACAAAGACGCAUAUCGCGGAGCUCGAGAGAACAAUUGAAAUCUUGAGGAACCAGGACAGGAAUGGAGCAACAGCGGGUUUGCUAAGCGAGAUCGAGGGACUACGGGCGGAGAACGAGAGGCUACGGGAUGUGAUCGACUGCGUAAAGAGCGUGGUAGGGGGUGAAGUUUUACCCAGGACUGCGUCUGUGUCGAAUCAGAAUGGUGUUGGAACAGCUGGAGCGGGAGCAGGGGGAGCGAAUUCGCCUACAGCAAGCGUCGGUCAGCAUUCUCCCACGCAGUCGGACGCCAAACCACCCCCUCCGCUCCCAUCUCCUCCUCUGCAAAGCGAAACUCCGAAUAACCAGUUCCACUUCAGUUGCGCUCCAAUCUCAGCAUCAAGACCCGUAGACUUGGACGGUAUGACCGUCUUGCCGGACUUCGCUCCACUAACUACAACCACAAACCGAAGCCUGAGUCUCGAUCUCGAUCUCCACCCUUUGCACGAGGCGUCAGAGGACUCCUCCAUGCUCGACGUCCCCGACUCCCCCACAACUGCGGCCUUCGCGCCCUUCAUGUCCGAAAUCUUCGGUCCCUCCUGGCGCUGCCCUUCCCCAGUCAUCCUGCAUAUCGGCAAUCCGCCUUCCUCACCCUCCACAACAUCAAGCAGCACCACGUCCAGCAUCCCUGGUUCUCUCUGUCCGAUCUGGAAAAAGAGCAACGAGCUGUUCGGCAAGGUGUUCAGCUACCGGCCCGGCACCGCGGCGCUCAACGUAGAUAGCGUGGAAGCGGGCUUGCUGUAUCUGGGAAUUAAAGACGGCUGGAGCAGCUUUGACCAGUGGAUGGGAAGUCCGGCGUUGCGGAUUUUGAAGCAGGUGGAUGAGUUUUUGUUUAGGCAUUUAGAGAAGAUGGAGAGGUUGGCUGUGGCGUACAAGAGUUUCAAGCUUUUAAAGUAUUAUCUCAACGCCACGAAGGAGGAGCUUGAAAAAGUCCCUGAAUGGCUUCGGCCUAGCCCAUCACAAGCCCGCACCAAACACCCCAUAGCCCUCGACUUCUUCGCCUGGCCCACCCUCCGCGACCGCCUUGUCCAACACCAUACCGAGAUCUUCAAAGCAUCUGACCUCUCCCACUCGUACUCCCACUAUCUCAAAUUUGACUGGCCCUUCAGCUUCGAAGACGCCUUCUUCUAUGACGAGAUGCUGCAGGGGUACUAUCCCAGUCCGCUGUUUGAGCGGUAUCAUAGGGAUCUGAGAUAUUGGACUGUGACUGAAAGGUUUUAUGAGAAGUUUCCUGAAAUGAGGGGAGAUAUUGAGGGGGAUCGGGGAAGAUUUGCGGAGGGCGAGGUGUGUUGAUGGAAUAGGGGAGACGGGGUUGGAUUCACGUAGAGCGACGUAGGUUUGCAUCGUUUGAGGAAAUGGGUCAGGAUUCUGGGGAGCUUCACCUUGAUUACUGCUGUCUAUAGUUUUGCACCAGCGUUUAGAAGGCUUCCGGCUCCCUUCAGUGCCACAACUGUCUCCUGAACCAUCUCUUCGACGAUUUCCUUAGCGGGCUGACCUGCCUUGUUUACUGCCCCUGCAACUAUGCCAAUUGGC